AUGAAUGGUCUCCUACAUUACAUGUUAUCAACUACAUUAAGUGUGGAAUUGCUAAUGGGAAAUUUAGGCAAUACAUUCACAGUUUUGGUGAACGUUAUGGACUGGUUAAAGAGGAGAAAGAUAUAUUUCAUAGAUCAGAUCUUGACUACCCUGGCAAUUUCCAGAGUUGCUUUGCUCUUUUCACUAACUGCAAGUAUAUUUGUUUCUGAACAAUACUCAGACAUAAUAAUAUCUAGAAGAAUUAUGAGACAAAUUUGUAUUUUCUGGACAGUAACCAAUCAUUUCAGUAUCUGGUUUGCUACAUGUCUCAGCAUCUUUUAUUUUCUCAAGAUAGCCAAUUUUUCCAACUCGAUUUUUCUUCAUCUAAAGUGGAGAGUAAAAAACAUGGUUUCAGGGACACUGUUGGCAUCUCUGUUUUUCUUGUUUUUAAACAUUUUAGUUGUAAACACACAUAUUGAUCUCUGGAUUGACAGAGUUGAAGCCAACACAUUCUUCAGAGUUAUCUCAAAUAAUUAUUCUCAAGUUCCUAGGCAUAUUAUACUCACCAACACUAUGUUCACACUCAUCCCCUUCACUGUGACCCUGAGGGUGUUUCUCUUGUUCAUCUUCUCCCUGUGGCAACAUCUGAAGAACAUGCAGUACAAUGCCAAAGGCUCCAGAGAUGCCAGCAAAGCAGCCCACAUAAAGGCUCUGCAAAUGGUGGUCAGCUUCCUGUUAUUGUACAGCAUUUUUUUUCUGUCACUUCUUUUGCAGUUUUGUAACAUUAAUUAUGAACAGAAAAAUUCAGUUACUUUGUUUUUCUGUAUUACUGAAAUUGCUUUUGCUUCUGGCCACUCCUGUGUCUUGAUUCUGGGAAACACUAAGCUUAGACAGGCAUUUAUUUCCACGGUGUGGUGGCUGAGGUGCAGGCUCAGUGAUGUGGCACCCUCAGUUUCCUAA